UAAUCCUCAAUUGAUGAUAUCCAUAGCAUAGAUAAAUCUUUAAGAACAUUGAGGUUCUAGCAACUGGUCGAACAUGUCAACUAUUAGUGGCAUUGGAGAUACAAGAUCAAAGCCUAUUUUCAAUCACGUCUCACCUAGAGCUCGAGCUGUCAAGAAGAGAGAGAGAGAUCAAAAAAUGAGACAGGAAUCGAACGACAGGAGCCAAAGCACCGGUGCAAUAGAAGAUGAUGCCUCAAACGAAGUGAGUGUACGGAUUCGAGAAAAGGAGGGAUCUGUCACACUCAAAUACCCGAUGUUGACAAAAUGCAACUAUGCAGCUUGGGUGAUUAAGAUGGAGGUAUUUAUGAUGGCACAAGGUGUUUGGGAGGCAAUUGAAUCACCCGAAACAUUGGAGAAGAUACGUUGCUACAGUUGGGUGCCAAGAAAACGACCAAAGAAGCCUGGAUCAUGUUGAAAAAUAUGAAUCUAGGUGCGGAAAGAGUGAAAGAAGUUAGAACGCAAACUCUCUGGCGGGAGUUUGAAGUGUUGAGGAGGAUAGGUGAUUCAGAAAGUAUUGAUGAGUAUUUUGGAAAACUCAUCAUUAUUGUCAACAAAUUGAGAGGCCUCGGCAACGCUGUGGAUGAUGUCCAAGUAGGUAAGAAACUUCUACGAUCCACAUCUACAAAGGUUCUUCAAAUCACUUCAACGGUUGAGGAGUUCAUUGAUCUCAAAACGAAAUCCAUUGAUGAGAUUAUUGGAUCACUCAAGGCACAUGAAGAAAGGUUGCAAGGGUUUGGAGAAAAAGAUGAAACUGUUUUCCUCACUCAUGCAGAAUGGAAGGGACGAGAAAAUGCAAAAUCCUCAAAGAAAGAAUGGAAGGAUCAAGGCAGUUCCAGAGGAGGCAGGGGAUGUUGGAUUUCGAUAAUCAGCCAGUGAAAUUC